AUGUCGGGACCAUUGAACGUUGAUAAAGCUGAUCAAAAUAUUUAUGAUGAAUUCAUUUAUGGAUAUGUAUCAUAUGUUAAAGAUAGCAAUAAAGACUUUUUAAAAUAUGGCACAGCAUUAUUAAUGUUUGCUAUUGAAAUGUCUAAAAUUCUUAAUCAAGAUUUAGAAUAUCAGAAAAAUCUUUUAAUCGUUACAAUUAUUCUUGGAUUUAUUCAUUCAAAUAUUGAAUUUCGUCAGUUUGCCUAUGAUCCUGUCGAAUGGAUUAUUGAUCUUUGGAACUAUUUUGGAGAUUCAAGAGCUUUAUCUAACUGGGAAUAUAAAGAGGAUCCAUCUUUUACUUUCUUAAUUAUGAAUUUGUUGAUUGGAUUACUUGGUAAAGCUAUUGAGAAAGAUAACAAUGAAGCUCCAUAUUUUAUACAAAAGGAAAAUUUAUUUUACUUAUUUCCAAAUCAAAGACGUUGGAAAACCUGGUUUCCCAAUGUGAUAUAUUAUCAUGCUGAUUUUGAUGAGACGUAUAGAAAAAUUAGGGAACUAAUUAAAGAGAAUGAAUGGGAUUCUGAUCAAUUUCCAGAAAUGAAACAAAAUUUGUUAAACAAGCUCAAUAUUCAGGAAAAGUCCGAUAAAGAUAUGUUAGACAUACUUUUAAAAAAGUUGAAUGAUAUAUAUAAAGUUCAGAAUGAAAUAAAAAAUUCCUGA